GGCUGUUGCCAUGACAUCGCUUCGGUCGAUAUGCGGACGCUGAGGAGUGAAGCAUUCUGGGAUACGGACACAAAUUUGCAGCGAUGCUUUGGUGAAGAUUUACUCAAGACUAAAUAAAACACUCUACAAAAAAAUGAAGCGUGUUUUCACCCUCACAGACAGAGCUUGGUUGGGGUCCUGUCUCCAGUACAAAUGGCAGAACACCCUGGGGAACUACAUCGCUGUCGCAGGAUCUGACAGCUCAGUGAAGAUAUUUGACAGACAUGGACAGAGGAAGAAUGAACUAAAUCUACCUGGGCGUUGUGUCGGGAUGGACUGGGAUAAGGACGGAGACAUCUUGGCAGUGAUCUCUGACAAGUCCAGCUCCGUUUACCUCUGGGACGCUAACGUCAACAAGACCUCACAGAUAGACAGUGGCAUGAGAGACCAGAUGUCAUUCAUCCUGUGGUCGAAGGCUGGGCCCCUAUUGGCUGUCGGGACCAACAAAGGAAACCUGCUGAUCUACAACCAACAGACGCCACGCAAGAUCCCUGUCCUGGGAAAGCACACUAAGCGUAUCACCUGUGGCUGUUGGAGUUCUCAGAACCUGUUGGCGCUGGGCAGCGAGGACUGCAGCGUAACCAUUAGCAACCAGGAGGGAGACACCGUCCGACAGACGUCGGUGCGUUCUGACCCAGCUGAUGUCCAGUUCUCUGUGAUGAAGACAGACGAGAGGUCUUCCCCAGGAGAGAGCACAGUGAGCGUUGCCGUGGGGAAGAAGACCCUGUUCCUGUUUAACCUCAACGACCCCGACAACCCCAUAGAGCUGGCCUUCCAACAGCGCUACGGACACAUCAUCUCCUACCGCUGGUAUGGUGAUGGCUACAUCCUGAUCGGUUUCUCUCAGGGUUAUUUUGUGGUGAUCUCCACCCACAUCAGAGAGAUCGGUCAGGAGCUGUUCCAGGCUCACAACCAUAAAGACAGUCUGACCAGCGUUGCCAUUUCCUCUGCUCUCAACAAGGCUGCUUCCUGUGGGGACAACAGUAUAAAGAUCCAUGAUCUGUCUGAGCUGAAGGAGAUGGACGCCAUCGUCAACCUGGAGGAUGAGACUCAAGGUCUAGACCAGUUGAGCUGGACAGAUGAUGGUCAGUUGUUGGCCGUCUCCACCCAGAGAGGAGCCCUGCACGUCUUCCUGACCCGUCUCCCCAUCCUGGGGCACAGCUGUGGGACCCGCCUGGCCUACCUGACCUCCCUGUUGGAGGUCACCGUGUCUAACCGCGUAGAGGGGGAAGCUCCUGUUGCUGUGGCGGUGGAGGUGGAGCCUAACUUCAUCGCCGUGGGACCCUACCACGUUGCCGUGGGGAUGAACAACCGAGCCUGGUUCUACGCCCUGGGAGACUCCGGUGUGGAGAGGCUGAAGGACAUGGAGUAUUUGGGGACGAUCGCCACCAUGUGUCUGAACUCAGAAUACGCCGCGGCUCUGUUUGAGGGCAAAGUACAGCUACACAUGAUGGAGGGCGAGGGCCAACAGGAACAGAGACAGACCAGGCUGUUUCCAGACGGAGACCGUAAGGAACACAUCGUCAGUCACGCCCUCACUAACGACUUCCUGUUCUACGGGACUGAUAGUGGUGUGAUAGUGUGCAUCCUGGUGGAAGACUGGCAGAUGUUGAACGAGUACCGCCACCCAGUCGGCAUCAAGAAGGUGUUCCCUGACCCCAACGGGACGCGGCUGGCCUUCAUCGACGACAAGAGUGACGGCUUCCUGCUCUCUCCUGUGGCUGUGAAUGACUCCCAUGUAGAGAUUCCUAGUUUCUCUCCCACCAUCACUGGGGUCCUGUGGGAGACCUGGCCCUCGGACAAAGGAGUGUUCGUAUCCUUCGACGACGACAAGGUCUACACCUACGCCAUGCAUAAAAACACCAUCUACGGUCCCAGGGUAGUGUUUGUAGGCAGCACCAAGCUGCCUUUCUCCCAUAAGCCCUUGCUGCUGUAUAAUGGUGAACUGACGUGUCAGACCCAGAGUGGCAAGACCAGCAGCGUGGCUCUGAGCACACACACCUUUCUCACACACACACACUCCCCCGGUGCACACACAUACACACCUGAGGAGCUCGGCAAGCAGCUCACACAGGCGCUGAUGCUCAAGAGGUUCCCCGAGGCGUGGGAGCUGUGUAAGGUGCUGGGCGGCCCGGCGGGCUGGGCUGAGAUGGGCCGGUCCUGUCUGAUACACAUGGAGGUGGAGCUGGCAGUACGGGUGUUCCGGAUGAGUGGCAACGUUGGCAUGGUGAUGUCACUGCAGGGCAUCAAGGGUAUAGAAGACAGGAGUUUGUUAGCAGGUCAUCUGGCUAUGUUCCUGAAUGACUAUAACCUGGCUCAGGACCUCUACCUAGAGUCUUCCUGUCCCAACACAGCCCUGGAGAUGAGGAGGGACCUGCAGCAUUGGGACAGUGCUCUGAUGCUGGCUAAGAGACUGGCUGAGGACCAGAUACCGUUCAUAUCGAAGGAGUACGCUGUUCAACUGGAGUUCAUAGGAGACUAUGUGAAUGCCCUGUCUCACUAUGAGAAAGGUAUGACCCACAACAACAAGGAGCAUGAUGAGGCAUCAGGGGGUGUGGCCAGAAUGUCAAUCAGGAUGGGUGACAUCAGAAGAGGCGCGGCCCAGGCAAUCUCUCACCCGAGCAGAGGCCUGAAGAAAGACUGUGGG